AUGCCUCGAGUCUUCCUCAUCACCGGCACGUCAACCGGCUUCGGCCACGACUACGCCCAGGAAGUGCUGGACCGCGGCGACAUUGUCGCUGCCACGGCGCGCGACCCGUCGCAGCUCUCCUUCGCCAACACGACGCCCGAGACGUACCUGGCACUGCGCCUCGACGUCACGGACAAGGCGUCGAUCAAGCAGGCCUUCGCCGCGACGCUGCAGAAAUUCGGCCGCGUCGACGUCGUGGUCAACAACGCCGGGUACGGCCUCGCGGGCUGUUUCGAGGAGUGCACCGACGAGCAGAUCCGGCGGCAGAUGGAGAUCAAUUUCUUCGGCGUGCUGGACGUCACGCGCGAGGCCUUGGAGACCAUGAGAGACAGGCAGACUCCCCAGGGCGGCCUGAUUCAGCAGAUCACCAGCAUCGGCGGACAGAGGGGCGUGCCGUUCUUCAGCAUCUACUGUGCCAGCAAGUGGGCUGUCGAGGGCUUCACCGAGGCGCUCAGCCACGAGGUGAAGCCCGAGUGGGGGAUCAAAUUCACGCUGAUUGAGCCAGGCGGGUUCAGGACAGACUGGGCUGGCCGCUCAAUGACCUUCGCCACCCGCCACCCUGCCUAUGACCAUCUCAACGCCGAGAAACACAUGACUGCCCGCCAUGGUACCCAGGCAGGAGAUCCCAAGAAGGGUGCAAAGGCCAUGUACGAGUUGGCCAUCAUGGCCAACCCGCCGUUACGUGUCGUCAUCGGGACCGACGCCUACAAGGCCGUCAUGAACAAGCUGGACCAAUACGAACAGAACUACACCAAGUAUGCAGCACUCAGUAAUUCGACGGAUGUGGACGGCUAUGUCGCGCCCUAA